AUGGAAGAUUGCUCAACGAACGGCAUGAGCUGAUCCGGAGAAGAGGAAGACGAAGACGAAGACGAAGAGGAAGGGGAUUUUUGCCGGAGUCUUAGGGGAGAGGCUGAUCGCCUUCUCUGAAGGGCCAAUCUUUCAAACCAGACGGCGGCGAGUUUCGGAGACUGGGAAAUCGCCGGCGGCGAGACCCAGAAGGCUCCGGGGGAGGGAGAAGCAGAGGCCGCGAGAGGGGACAGCGCUGGAGUUGGAGUUGGGUGGGUGGGUGGGUGGGUGUGGGAGGGAGCAGGAGAGGAUAGAGUAUCGGAGAAGACGAAGGGAUCGGAUUACGCAGAGGAAUAUUACAGAUCAGCCCCUGGAUCUUUUGUGUGGUGGGCGUGUUGGGGAUUGACCCCUUAUCAACUUCUGCCUAGAUUUCCCCAUUUAGUGUGAAUCAUUGCGCUCCCCCCUCGUUGACCCGACACUGUUUCCUACUUUGGUCAACCGCACAGAGUUCUAUCGUAAAGUAAUCAAAGAACGCUCCUCUUUUGCUAGUAAUAUUGUGGAUCUGGGGAAAGGGGGGUUGACCACGCGAGAUAAGGUCAAAGAACAAUGAGCAAGGUGGACCCUUUAAAAGGAUUCUAUCUUGGGAAACUUAGCUCGAUAUUGACCGAUACUGUACUAAAGUUUUGAUGGGUAUUAUCCUCAUAUUAUCCCUUGUAUCUUCUGUGCGGUGGGCAUGAUGGGUAUUGACCCCUUAGAUGCCCAGUUUCCCCAUUUAGUGUGAAUCAUUGCGCUCCCCCUCGUUGACCAUAUCGACAUUAGUCAACCACACCCAAUUAUAUCAUAAAGUCAUCAAAGGAUGCCCAUUUGUUGCUCAUAACAUUGUGGUUUGGGACAAGGGUAGUUGACCAUUUGAGAUGAGGUCAAAAAACAAUGCGUGAUGAUGAGUCAAUGAGAAAAGUGUCCAUAUUAUGUGGUGAACUUUGGCUUAUCAAUCAUUAUGCUGGGAAACUUAGCUUGAUAUUAAAUAAAUACCCUAAAUUACAUUCUCUCUCUUACAAGCUGAGAGUCAACCCAUAGCUUGUUUAGUGGGUUUUUAUCAGGUCAAAGCCAGAACGGUCCAUUAACAACCUUAAUUAGGGCCCAUAUUACACGAGGAGUGGGCAUAAAUAAACUCCUAUUAUUUAUUAUUUAUUAUAAUAUAAAAAUACUUAUUUAUAUACUUUCUCUCUCCAUUCGGAGGUGCCGCCGUCAUUCGUCACAAGGGCAGCAAAUGGCCGAGAUUCCGACACCGAGAGCUCCGCAAGCCCACAUUCGGAUCCUCCACGUGGGCCCCGCGCGACCCAGAUGGAUGGAUGGUCGAAGAUUCUCCCUUUUACAGAUAGAGCACUAUUAGAGAGAUAAUCUACUUUUCAUAUUAUUAACUAUAAAUAUUUUUUAUAUACCCUUCAUGUAAAAGUAUACAAAAACUGCCCUUGUAACUUAUUAAAUUGCUCAUGUGCCAUUUAAAUAGUGCCCAAUAAAUUCAAUGGACCUUCAUAGCCAUUCUUUGAGAUGGUGGGCCCCACUCAUUCUGUAGUUCCCGUCCCACUUAUUUUUCCAUUCGUCCAUAAUUUGAAGAUCACGUCUGUGAAAUGGUUAUGAAAUAAUUUUACAAUAAAUAGGGCGAUUAUGUUAUAGUAAAUAAAUAUAGGGAUUUUAUAACAAAAAGGUUGUCUUCAGGCAGCUUCAUCCCUUCUUGUUCUUCUUCCUCUCUGAGCACCCCAGUGUUUGGAUAAGAAGGGCCAAAGAAGAGUACCAGUAGCAGCAGAGGAGGAGCGCAUUCUCCUCCGGUGCUCAGCACCUCCACCGCGGCCACCCAUGUCACAGGGAUAAGGAGUGAACACGGCAGCUGGUCUCCGAAAUCCUUGGUAAAGCUGUGAUAUCUUGCAGGGUACCUCUCUGCUUAUGAGGCUGCAUGAGUGAGCGGGGAGCAGAGGGCUUCCUCUUCAAUCCCAUAUUCCUCAAGUACCCAUGGGAUUGGUUACCGUUGGCCGGCCUCCGCUACCAUAUGGGUUGUCCAUUUCCUUCUCUCGUUCCUUCCGGAGAGCACCUGCGGCUUUCCAACUUGGCUGCGGCGGCCACCUCGUCCCUGCCGGGCGGCUGAAGGCUUCGUUGUCGCCCGUCCACAGGCGAGCUUCUUGCUGCCUUAUUAUUUGCCUUCAUUUUGCGUGUUCUGAUGGUGCUUGUGACCUUAGAGCUCGAGUCUUCAUUUCCUCGGGAGUUAUGAGUGUAUUCUUGGUAGGUGGUAUUUGAAUUGGAGUUUCUUUAAUGCUGCUUGUGUGGGGUGCGUCAAGGAGCUCUGCUCCAUUAAGAGGUAGGAUUCGCAGAGAAUCGUUCUGCCUGUCUUGCAAACGGCUAGGAACUGAUAGAGGGUUUGGGCAUCCAAUUUCCAUCAUCUGCUGGCAAUAAUUUCGUUUAGUUUGACAGCUUAACAGUCUUUCGUGCUUGGAAGGCUUCGAUGAUGUCUAUAAGCGACCAAUCCACGAUCUUGUUGUUUAUUAUUUUCUCAUUUCAUUUCCAAGUUUGUGCGAAAUUUUCAAUUAAAAAGCCAUUUUUUAUCCAGAUUUUUGCAGUUGACCCAUUUUCUUGACACUAGAUCACUAUAUGAAAAUUUUCAUAAUCGUGUCAGUUAUUUAAUCUCGAUGAAAGACGCUUCCUAUAGUUUGUAUUUCUCUUUCAAUUGUUAUGCGGGGUUUAAUGUUUCGGAGAUUUUUUGUGGAGGUUGGCUAAACUCUGUAUCCUUUGGAUUAAAAAAAUAUAGAACUUCUCUAAUACUAAUAUCUUGAUGAUCACAGAUGUCAUUCCAUUUAUCAUUUGAAUUCAAGACGUUAUUUUUAACCUCUGUCCAAAUUUUAUUAACCCGUUUUAUUUAUCAUUGAUCUUUUCUCCAUAUUUGAGUAUUUCAUCCUGCUUUGAUCCCUUGCCUUAAUUUCUAGAACUUCAUCGUGUUGAGCAUGUGAGGGAUAUUCUCUAUUAGUUCCUUCUUAGGCGUUCAAACCUUUCUAGAGCUUGUGGAUGGAACUGGGUUCAGAUUAAUGACACUUUUGGAGAGAAGGUUUUGUGCUUAUAUGUUCUUCGUCUGUCUUCUUCAGAUUUGACAGCUUGACUUCAAGGUGUUAUGUCGCACAUACUGAGGUUGAUCUGGAUCACGUUCAGGCAGAAGAUGAAGCUUCAGUCGCCCUUUCACCGAACAGUCCCAUUUGCACCAUUCCACUUGUCCAUCAUAGAUCAGUCAUUCUUGAACCUGAGCCUUUGAACUUCCUGGGCAAAGAAGAUUAUCUGAGUAAUCUUCUGACAACAUUACCGGUAUGCCAUUAAAAUUCUGAUUUUGCGUUUAAAAAUUGUUUGUGGCACUGGAAGAUGGUAUUAAACUAUUAUCUACGUCUAGCUUGCGCGGUUCUUAUAUUUUCCUGGCAUCUUCCAGGUCCUCACAGAGGAGCAGCAAGAUGCUCUCGCAGCCACCCCUGCUCAUCCUGCUGGUUUAUAUGGUGGGCUCUUCUUUCUGAUUAUCUACAGAUGCAUACAGUAUGCAUCAGAUAUGUUACUAUUGUGCAUGCCUGAAAACCUCUUCUGCAAAUGACUAUUGCCUCAACAUUCUUUUAUGUACUUCAGUUGUACUUUUACGAUUAAACUUGUGAGAAUAUCAGAAUAUCUAAUUUCGAGAUUCUAAUGGAGAUGAAUACAUUUUCAGCUCUGUAUGCUAGUUCUUUGGCUGGGAAUAUGGUGGCACAGCUAUGGAAUUUCACCUGGCCUGCUGCUGUUGCCCUGCUCCAUCCAAGCCUUUUACCUGUCGCUGUUGUGGGUUUCUUCACUAAGGUAACAGGAUUAGAUUGGUCCAUAUGGAAAAUGGGAAAUAUAAACAAGAAAUCUUACAUUCAUUCGUGAUUCGCAGCUUGUGAUGUUUUCUGCUGGUCCCCUGGUCGGCAAUCUUGUGGACUGUUUUCCUAGAAUUCCCGCUUAUAACGUCUUAAGUCUCAUUCAGGUGCGUUCUCAUUCGUCUAGUCUUAUGUAUUGCCAUUGUUAAUGUCAUAAUUUUGCACUUUAACUUAUAACUUAUGGAUGCGGGCAUUGUCUAGUGAGCAGAUUUGUGAUUGUUGAUGUCGUUCUUUCUCAGACAUCUGCACAGCUAACAUCAGCAAUGAUGAUCAUCUAUGCCUACAAUUCUGCUCGCCAUUCUUCUGCUUCAGCCAUGCUUGUCCAACCAUGGUUUAUUGUGUUGAUACUUGCUGAGGCUAUUGAGAAUAUGGCGGGACUGACUAUGGGGGUUAUGAUGGACCGCGACUGGGUCGUGCAGGUAGUGUGAUGUCUUCUUUUUCUCUCAUGAUGAUGCAGCAUCCUGUUCUUUCUGCGAAACGCCAUGUUCCUUUCUAAUGUGAGCUGCUUCUCCGACGUGAAGUUAGCAGGCUCGAACCGGCCAAUUGCACUAGCAGAAGCAAAUGCAAUGCUUAGUCGGGUUGAUCUUAUCUGUGAGGUGAUAACCUCCCUGAUUUUCCAUCUUUCCUUUGAUUCAAUGUCUGUUUUUUUGAUCUUGAGUGAUAUAUGUAUAUUAAUUUAUAUUGACGAAUUUCUAUUUAUUUAGAAUAUUUUAUUUAAGUCUAGUUAUUGGCCUAAAGUGGCCAUUUAUAUUUCCAGUGGACUGAAAGUGGCCAUUUUUGGGUUCUGGCAGAUAGCAGGGGCUUCACUUUUUGGGUUUCUCUUAACUAAAUAUGAUCCAGUCACGUGCUUAAAGCUAGCAGCUGGGAUCAUGAUUUGUGCACUUCCUAUCCUGGUUAGCCUUUUUUUAAGCUUGACCUUGUUACCUAUCAACAGUAUACUUCAUAUCUGAAGAAUCUUCCCAACUCUGCAGGUGUCUCUGUGUCAUCUAACUAACAGACUUUCUAGUGGGGUUCUUGAUCGCUGUAAGUUCCCACUGCCAGGUGAUAAAGCUCGAAGUGACCCUCUUCCCAACUUGGGCUGUAUAGGUAGUAAUGCUGGUCCACUCAGAAUCGCUUUCACAUUUUCUUUCUUGGAGGCCGUUUCUGAUACCGUUGAACUGAUGCAGUGAGGAAUGGUAUGGAUGCGAUUAGAAAUGGAUGGAUGGAGUACAAACUUCAGCCUGUUCUUCCCGCAAGUAUGGCAUAUGUGUUGCUCUAUUUCAACAUUGCUCUUGAGCCAGGUGCCCUAAUGACUGCAUUCUUGACCCACCGUGGUAUGUUCCCACUGCCCUCUCAGUCAUGUGUUAUUUCCAACUGCAAAGGUUAUCACAUGACCUUUCACUGUGCGAUGUGACUGCCUUGCACACAUGAUCUCAAAUUAUCCUUGUAUCUAGAAAUUUCAUCUUAUUAAGUAAUCGCUGAAACAUUGGAAGAAUGCCAUUUGAUGAUAUCAAGUUCUGAUGAAAUUCCAAAAGCCUAUGUCUAUCUUAAAACUUAAAUCUGUAUUAAUCUGAAAAAACUUGUCUUUGAAAAGGUUAAAUGGAUAUCAGCAUCUUCCUUUUCCGUCCUAUAAAUAGAAAAGCCUGUGAUUUUUCCCAUUCAUGGCUGCUAGCUUCUGUUUCCGUACAUCGUUGGUGGCAUCUCUGAUGCAUUUAUUUCAUUAUGCCAGGAAUAAGCCCAUAUGUUAUCGGCGGUUUCAGUGGAUUAUGUGCUUUCAUGGGCAUUGCAGCAACUUUCACCUCUGCAAGUCUUGUCAAGAGGCUGGGUAUUUUGAAGGUCAUUUUGAAUAUUUCCAGCCUAUCAGGAUUAUGUAUUCAUUUUUUCAGCCUUCUGAUCUCUAUCUGGACUUGAAGUAGUUGGUUCUAACAUUCUAACUGCUGUUCCAGGCGGGAGCAGCUGGGUUGAUCUUUCAGGCUUCGCUUCUUUCCACGGCUGCUUUUGUGUUCUGCUGUGGCUCACUGACUAAUCGAACACCACUCAUGAUAUUCCUAUUUUUGAUUGUAAGUACUGAACAUUUUACAACAUGUGUCAAAAAAUUAGCUUUGGCAUGCUGUUUUUUCGUGGACCUUCUUCUGGAAAAUUCUAAAAACUUAUUAUUUUUCGUUAUUCAGGUAUUGUCAAGGUUGGGAGUUAAGUCAUAUGAGGUCGUGGGGACCCAAAUUCUUCAAACUGGUAUACCCGCCAACAAAGCAAAUCUCAUAGGCGCCACGGAGGUUUCAAUGGCAAGCCUUGCGGAGCUGGUGAUGCUGGGUGUCGCCAUAAUUGCCAAUGAUGUGUCGCAUUUUGGAUUCCUGGCUCUCCUAUCUGUCUCUUCUGUUGUGGGAGCUGCAUGGAUGUUCUGUCAGUGGCUGGCCAAUCCGACUGAAGAACAGAGGAAGCUCUUUUAUUUUUGAUCCUCGGUCACAUGGUUGGUAGGCAUCAUUUCUCCUUAUGAUCAAUGAUUAUUUUCUCAUUUAUUCAUAGUUACUGUAGUUAGCGUUGGAAAAGAUUUAGGCCCUUUUAUUUUUGCUUUCAUUAGAGUCUGUUUCAUGGUUGGUAAGUGUCAUUUCUCCUUAUAAUCAAUGAUCAAUUACUCAUUUAUUCACAAAUCAUUUUCUCUUAUAAUCAGUAUUUAAUACCCCAUUAUUCAUAUUUUUUUGGUCAAUAGUGGAAAACCUUGUUUGUGGCUUUCAAUUUUUUUAAGGCUACCAACCAUUUAUUGGGCUUGAUAAAAUAACUGGGCCUUGGACCUCAGAUAGAGAUCAUCACUCAAUUUUUUUUAAAACUCCUAAUGGACGUAAUUCAAAAUUAUUUUACUGAUAAAUUCCUGGAGAGGUAUAAAUGAAUACAGGUCACUUAUAUAAUCCGAAUGUCCAAUAACUUUUUGUUUUACUUUUAAUGGAAACCAAUGGCAAAUAAAUCUUCUUCCUUCCAUUAGUUGAUUUUUCCUCUUGGAAUCAAAAUCUAUGAACUUUCACUUGCAUUUAUCUUCUAGUGAUCUUGGGAAUGGUAUAAUCCUAUACAGUUAAAAGUAUAUAUUUUUUGUCAGCAUAGUGAGAAAUGUAUGAACUUUCCCUUUUCUUUUGUAUAAAGUAAUAUAGAUAAAUUUUACAUAGUUAGUGUCGACAUAUAAUUCGUUUUCAUGAAACUGCUGAUGAAUAAAGAUGUGACCAUCCAUGAGAAAAGAUGGACAUUACUCUUGAAUUAGAUGAUUUUAGCUCUCACAUGUGCUGAUCUUGGGAAAUGAAUAGUCCGAUAAGAUCAAGUAUUUUUAUCAGCACAUUGAGCAAUGUGUGACUCUGGUUUUUUAUGUCAUCUUAUUUGCAGUACAAUAAUUGCUGUCGCACUUCUAUCUUCAACUGGCAGAAGGUGCGCCUGUCAGGUGCUCAUGAUGCCAUAAAAGGCGAUUUGGUGACUAUGGCACUCGUGGAAUGAAGGUCAUAAAUGACAUCUGAGCACAAGUUCUUGCCAUAUUCAGCCCGAGGCUCGAGGAAACCAUGAGAUUCCAGCCUUCCGGGCUGCUUAUCGUGUGCUGGACUAAUUCUUCAAGGUCAUUCAAUGGUGCCCAAGAAAACCGCAACCCACACAGCACUCACUCACAAGAUUCCUUCAGAAAGGAGAUAUAUUCCUCUCAUGUCUCUCUGCAAAUGGUCGAUUUAACACACCUGACAAAGAAAUCAGAUUCAACUGUACAUGUGCCUCCUACCAAGGGCUGCUCAUUAG